AUGAUGCUCCUGCAUCUGAUCGGCCUAGUUGGCCUGGCCGUCGCAAGCUGCCCUCGCGAGCAGAUGUACUACGCUGUCGACUACUACGUAUGGUCGCAAACACAAGCGCAGAUUGGACUUCUUCCAGUCAUCCACGACGUUCCCUACACCGAAAACCGCAAGAACACGUCCUUCAUCAGUGGCAUCAUCGGCCACUACCUCCCACUCGACUGGAACGCGACGUUCUACGACAGCGAGACAUGCACCGCCUUCGCGGAGCUUAUUUCCACCGCAAAGAAUAAAACGUAUACAACAGAAGGACCUACCGUGGUGGGCAUGCGCUUCCAGUUCACGAAGAUGAAAGGCGGAUACGAUGGCAAGGGCGGAGACGAUGAUUUAGUAAUCACGAGAAUGGAUGGCGUCGUUACGAGAACGGGAGACUGGCUCUUCAACGCAACGAACAGCCUCGCAUACUACAGCGCCGAAAGGCCCUGGGACACCAUUCCAGGACCCAAACGUGAUUCUCGCGCUACGCUCAAAGCCGCCGCUGACGCCUACGCUGACCGCUUCGCCAACACCUCUGUCGUCGUGCCCCUCGGCACGCCCUGCUGCCGCAUCGAGGGCGGCGCGUCGACCUGCACUGGUGCGAACGAAACGAUGCUGAACACAUGCACGAAGGGGUUUCCGGAUGCGGCGCACCCCCAGCAGUUGAGGGAGAGGACGUAUGUGAUUGAUCAGGAGAAGGGGGUUGUACAGGUUACGAUGAAUUUGGCGGGGCUGCCGGAUAGCCACCUUUUCCGCAUUGAAGAAGGAAUGAUCCGGGCCGUGCAUACCAUGACGGCUUGCGGGGAUUUGGGGUGUAGGAUUGGGAAUGAGACGUUGAAGAGGGAUGGGGGUGACCCUUCCUGGUACCGUCAAGCACCCCUCCUCGGUACCCUAGACGUUCCAUGGCGAGACCUGCUCAUUCACCUGUUCGUCGGUGAAAUCGUCAAGAGCAUGGUCGAGCUAGCAAUCGAAUGGACGUACGACUGGGUGACGAGGUGGUCCAGGGAGCGGGAGCCAGUGCCAGGAGUGUCUCUGCUGCCGAUAUGA